AGGUCGUGACGUCAUCACACUGAGACGAGCGCCGUCGGGAUUUCUCAUCAAGUUGUAUUGUUUUGGUUGUUUUUCUGUGCUUUACACUCUCCUAACAAUGUCUAAAGCUUUCCGGGUGGCUCGUCUUUCCUUAUAUCGUUUCAGUGUGGACGUGCAGACUGUCGCGGCGUUUUAAAUUGUCACGUCAUUUAAAUCUGUUGGUGGAAAAUGGAAUUGAGAAGUUAUUCCUUUUUUGCUGUGUUUUUCUUGGUCUCCAAACCUCCCGUGUCUUCUUCUAUUAUCACAGUUGAUCUGAAAAGACCAGAAAGAGAGCUGAAGCACUUUUGGAAAAGUACGGGGUUCUGCCCCCCACUUCCUCACACCCAGGCCCACCAGUAUGACCUGAGCAUUGACCAGCAGCUGAAUCUGGCCUAUGUGGGUUCAGUCCCUCAUGGGGGGAUCCAGCAGGUCAGGAUCCACUGGAUGAUGGAGCUGGUCAGUGCACAAGAUAUUGGGGGAAGACCCCAGUAUAACUUCACACAUCUGGAUCAUCUUAUUGAACUCCUGCAUAUCAAUGGACUUAAGCCAGGUUUUGAGUUGAUGGGCAGUGUUUCAAACUACUUUAAUGACUUUGAGAACAAAUCACAAGUGCUGGAGUGGAAAAACCUGGUUUAUCUUACAGCCAAGAGGUACAUUGACAAAUACGGCCUGGAAAGGGUUUCUCAGUGGAACUUUGAAACAUGGAAUGAACCCAACAACCAUGACUUUGACAACGUCACCAUGACAAUUCAAGGGUUUUUAAACUACUAUGACGCAUGUUCGGAGGGGCUGCGAGCUGCGAGCAGCCUCCUCAGGUUUGGAGGUCCCGGAGACUCGUGCCACUCUCCACCUCGCUCCACGUACUGCUGGGCCAUGCUUCAGCACUGCUACAAUGGCACCAACUUUUUCACUGGAGAGACAGGGGUCAGGAUUGACUACAUCGCCCUGCAUAAGAAGGGUGGCGGGCACUCUUUGCCCAUCCUCCAGCAGGAGAUCCAGACAGUGGAAGAGAUCCACAACCGUUUCCCCAGGUUCCACAGUGUCCCCGUUUACAACGACGAGGCCGAUCCCCUGGUGGGGUGGUCCAAACCGCAAGAGUGGAGGGCUGAUGUGACGUAUGCUGCAAUGGUGGUGAAGGUGAUAAACCAGCACCAGGACUGGCUACAGGCAAACCCAAACAGCAGCUUCAAUUUUACCAUGCUGAGCAAUGACAAUGCCUUCCUCAGCUACCACCCACACCCCUUCACCCAGCGCACACUGACCGCCCGCUUCCAGGUGAACAACACUCAGACACCUCACGUCCAACUCAUCAGGAAGCCCGUCCUCACUGUCAUGAGCUUGUUGGCUUUGCUCGGAGAGACCCAGGUCCUGGCUAAGCUUCUGAAUUCAACAGUCGACCAGAAUGGGACUCUGGGGGUUCUUGCCAGCAUUCACAAACCAGCAAUACCAGGCGGGUCAGACAGCUGGCAGGCAGCAGUUGUGGUCUACAGGAGUGAUGACAACAGCACCUCCAACACCACUGAGGAUGUUUCUGUUGUGUUGGAAGGAUUAGCAGAACAAAACAGUCCCAUGUAUGUCACAUACUACAUGGACAAUGAUGCAACCAAUCCUUACCAAGUGUGGCAGAGCAUGGGAAGUCCAAAUUACCCGACAACAGAGCAGUUCAGACUCAUCAGGAGUACAGAGGGUCCUCACAUCACCGGACCUUGGGAAAUUCCUCAAGGUGACACCUUGAUGUUGAAAGCCAAAUUACCCAUGCCUUCAGUUGUCCUGAUCCAUGUGUGCGCCAAACCAAAGACUCCACCAGACCAAGUCAAUGGAUUACGUUUUAUCAGGAUCACCAAAGGCCAAGUUCUUGUUGUCUGGUCUGACCACUGUGUUAACUCAAGAUGCAUCAAGACUUUUGAGUUGGAGUUUUCUGCAGACAGUAACGAAUUUAAAAGAGUGAAUUCAGAGGACACGAUUUUUACUUCAUUUGUCUAUAUGCCAGUGAACCAGGAGGUUGCUGGUCUAUACAGAGUUCGAGCUGUGGAUUAUUGGAGAAGACCUGGCUCUUAUUCACUUUCAAAAAAAUAUUUAGAGAGGUAGCAAAUCUCAGGAAGUGAAUUUCAUAAAUAUGUGGUCUACUCUGUUUUGUACGCACUAACAUGACUAUUGUAAUAAAUUGCAUUUAAAAUGA